AUCGAUGCACACACAAGCCGAGCGAGAUUAUUCAAGUUGAUCUCAUUUGGUUGUUGCUGAUGUAAAUGUUUUCCUCAGAGUCGUUAUUUGCAACACAGAGACUCAUAUCCAGCAAGGAAGAUUUCGCACACAGCACUCAUGUCAGGAGAAGAUGUCGUCCAUGACAACACUGUUGUCAUUAGGAUGAUGAGUGACUUACACAAGUACAUUGGGAAUCCCACACAGCAGCUGAAGCAGGACGACACGAUAGAAAAGGAGAGUCCUCCAGGAAACCGAACUGGUGUUAGCAACACCAGUUGCAGCAUUUUAGAUGUUACCGAGGCUUUUGCUCCAGACAUGCCACGCUCGGCUUUUGAAAAAUACCAGAGGGCGCUAACAGCCGAGCUGGUUUCAGUCGAAGCGAAAGUCGUACAGCUAGAGUCGGAACUAGCUUUUCAGCGUAACGAAAAAGCAUGCACCAUUGUUGAACUGGAAAAAAAUUAUACGAUUCUAAAGCAGGGAAAAAUAAGAGACGAUGAGAAGUACGCAGACCUUCAACAAAAGUUGCGCUAUGUUGUUGAACGGGAAAAGGCUACAAAGGAGCAGCUGCAGCAGUGCAAGAAAAACCUGGAUGCUGCGAGAGGAGGACCGAAUCAGAAGUUCAUCAAUCUACAGAGAGAGAAACAUAAACUCGAAGCCGAGUUGAAUGAGGUUAAACAGACUACAGGAAAUAUCAUAGCAGAACACGAAUUGGAAUUACAAAGGAAAGAUUCUGAGAUAGCAACUUGUGUAAAUCAGUUGGAAGAGAUGAAGGCUCAGCAAAGACAGCUGCUUAAGAACUAGAAGAGAAAAUAUCUCGCCUACACGAAGCCGAAUUUGUAUCCAAGUCAAUAUCGAGUAGUCUGUCAAAGUUGUCAGAGUUGGAAGCUGAGAACAGGAGACUUAUUGAUGACAACAAUUAUCUGAGGUCUACGACAGAAAAUACCUUACUAUACAAGGAAAAGGCCGAUGGACUGGAAACUGCUUUGGCGCGUGCAAAUGACAGAUUUAACGAGCUACUACAUGUGGAGGCCCUUAAUGAGGAGUUGACAAGCAAACUGAAGCGUUGGGAAGCAUUUGCAAUCAACACAGCAGGCGUUCUGAAGUCGCCUGAGGAAUAUUCGGUUAGUGUUGCAGAGCAGCAACAGAGGGAGGCAGUGUUGACUCAGCAGAUGGGUGAAGUGAAAGCCAGCAAUCACGUGUAUAAGGAAAGGUGCGCAAAUCAGCAACAAGAAAUCGACAAGUUAAAAGAAAGCGAGCAGCAACCAAAAUCGAACAUCAAACCUGAGAUCUUACGCAAACUUCAGAAGAAACUUGUGUUUGUCAUGACGGAGCGAGAUGGGUAUAAGCGUAUCAUUGAUACCUAUGACAGUGAGAUGACAAUCAACUAUCAGUCUCUGGAGCGGCAACGCCUGGCCGAACUACAGAGCAUGCUAGAUGCCUAUAAGAAACGCGUGGAACAACUAGAAGCAGACGCAGGUCUCACACUGCAGGUGGGAAAACAGGAGGUGGCUGGAGCAGCGGUUGAUUCCAGUUCAGUUGCUAGAGAAGUACUGGAACUAAAGCAGGAGCUGGAAAAGCUAACUGCAGAAAAACAAAAACUCGCAGCUGACAAAGAAGCUUGGGAAAUGAGAACUGAACAACGAAGUAUGCAGGGUGACUACGAUCCGCGGCACACCAAGGUGGUGCACUUCGAGCGCAAUCCGGCCGCCAUCUCGACUCAGCGGCGCGCUGGGGAGCUCGAGGCACUGCGAGGCGAGUGCGAGAUGCUGCGAGCCCGCGUCCUCAUCCUCGAGGCGGGAGGCAGCGGCAGGGGAGACGUGCUCGACCUCACCGCUCAGGUUCAGGAGAAGGUGCAGGGACAACCCUCGUCGAAACAGGUUGACGAAGUGAAGAACCAGCUACAGUCGCUGGAGCUAAAGAACAAGCGGCUGAUCGAGGCGUUCCGUAAGACGAGCCAGGAGUUUCGCGAGGUCUGCUACAUGCUGCUCGGCUACCAGAUCGACAUGCCGUGCAACAGCCAGUACCGGCUGCGCAGCAUGUACGCGGAGUCCCCCGACGACCACCUCCUCUUCCAGAUACAACACCAAAACAAGGAAGGUCUUCAGCUGCUGGAAUCUGAGUAUAUGAAAACUACGACUGUGAAGGAACUGAUGGACACCUAUCUGAAGCAAUCUAACAGCAUACCAGCCUUCCUGAGCAGCCUGACCCUUGACCUCUUUAACAAACAAACGACCAUCUUUGCGUAACGUGUAAAACUUUAGAUUGGCUAUUAUGUGGGGAUUUAUGGAGUGCAGCAGCAGGAAAACCAUCGUCCCGGAUGGAACAUUGGUGGGAAGCAGGUUGCAAACUUAUAUUAGGACUCCCCAUGAUUGUAUAUUAAUUUUGUAAGAUAUAGUUUUGUACGUUUGACUGCAGUAGGCGUAGUUCACGUUCACAUAUGGUGCGUGUAUACAUGUGUAUAUGUGCGAAUGCACGUAAAUAUAGAAUUUCUAUGUAUACUAAUGUCUCUACCUAACAGGUUUUCAGUGUGAUUGUUAGAAAUGAUAAAGACUACCACAUACAACUCAUGUAAAGUGACUGUGAUUGAGAAACCUGGACUAGACGUGAGCAAACAAAAUAUAACAACAGUUAUGUAUAAUAAUAAUGAUGAUGAUUACACAUUUAUUGUACAACUAAACAGUUUUAUGCCACUGACCACAUUUAACAGAGAUGUCAAUGGU